UAAAUAUUUAUUUACAACCGAAAUUUAAAUUUAAAUAUUUAUAUCGCAAAUUAGUAGUUUUUUUUUUUCACUUAUCUUCAAGUAAAUCUCAAAAUCCAUCUUAGAAAAUAAAAAAGAAAAAGUAAUCUCAAAUCAAGUGGAAAAGUUUGAAGCAACAUCAGAGAAGAGUUUUUGAGUGAAAGUGAAAUGAAAUGUUGACAAUCUCCAAAAAUCUCACCUUUAUCACUCUCUCUCGCCCAUCUCUCCUCAAUCUCAAUCACACUCCUUUCAAUUCCACUACAAAGCUCCCAUUUCCCACCAAAGCUUUCUCCUUUACACCAAUGGCUUCCUCCUCCUACAACCCAGAACAGGCCCGAGCACCACCGGCUCUUCCCUUGCCAGUUCCACCACUCUCAAAGUUUAAGAUUGGACUUUGUCAAUUAUCGGUGACUAAUGAUAAGGAGAGGAACAUUGUUCAUGCUCGGAAGGCCAUUGAGGAAGCUGCUGAAAAGGGUGCUAAGCUUGUUUUACUUCCAGAAAUAUGGAACAGUCCUUAUUCAAACGAUUGCUUCCCUGUUUAUGCUGAAGACAUUGAUGCGGGCGGCGAUGCAUCUCCAUCAACAGCCAUGCUUUCAGAAGCUGCUCGGGUUUUGAAGAUCACCAUAGUUGGUGGAUCUAUACCAGAGCGUUCCGGAGAUAAGUUGUACAAUGCUUGUUGUGUUUUUGGUGCUGAUGGAAAGCUGAAAGCUAAACACAGAAAGAUUCAUCUUUUCGAUAUUGACAUUCCUGGGAAGAUUACUUUCAUUGAAUCAAAGACUCUUACUGCUGGCCAGACUCCUACAAUUGUCGACACAGAUGUGGGAAGAAUUGGUAUAGGUAUCUGUUACGAUCUUCGGUUCCAGGAACUAGCAAUGAUUUAUGCAGCAAGAGGUGCUCACUUGCUAUGCUAUCCCGGGGCUUUCAACAUGACUACCGGACCUUUGCAUUGGGAAUUACUACAGAGAGCGAGGGCUGCAGAUAAUCAGUUGUAUGUAGCGACAUGUUCACCCGCUCGAGACACUGAAUCCGGGUACGUAGCUUGGGGCCACUCUACACUCGUUGGACCGUUUGGAGAAGUUCUUGCUACUACCGAGCACGAAGAGACGAUAAUCAUCGCAGAGAUUGAUUACUCCACUGUUGAGCUUAGAAGGACAAACCUCCCAUUGCAGAAGCAACGCCGAGGAGAUCUUUACCAGUUGGUAGAUGUUCAAAGAUUGAACUCCAAAUGAAUGAAUGAAUGAAUAAAACCCGAGACCCCGGUUUGGACAAAAGGGGUUAAUCCCGAAACAAGCGUUGUAACAACACAUGUGAUGGAGUUUGCUCCCAACAUAUUCCAAUAAAUAAAGGGUGUUCAUAAUUGUUCGAUUUUCGCCAACAUACAAGAAAGUUUGCCUUUGAAAAAUAUCACUUUUUGAAGCUAAUUUAAUCAUUUCUCAGCA